GCCCACGUGGUUCGUGGCGUUUUGGUCCGCCCGUGCUUCGUCUAUCACUUGGCCUUACACGGUUCCUGGCAGUCGUUGACGGUUCCUUAUGAAAAAUGUUUACGGUGCGAGGGGAAACGUCAUCGCCAAUGCAAAGGGGGCGCUUCUCGACGUGGAUUUGUUUGAGGGGUUCGGAGCGGGUGCUACGAACACCCCAUUCUACAACGACCUCCGGCGGCAAGGCGGGUUUGUUUUGGGUCGAGAGUUCUUUAACUUGUUGGAGGCGAAGGAGGUCGCCCUCGACGUCCCUUGCGAAGUCGGUCCCCACCAGGAGCUGUCAAUGCCCUUGCAGCUGUGCGGCGGUUGUGUGUCCAGCGGGGCUGCGGGGGAGGGGGGGGAUCUGGGUUCCGGUGAGGCUACACAGUUGCAGCGGGAGGAGAGCGGAGGUCAAUUUGAUGAUAGCGAAGAUGAGGCGCCACCGCGUCUGUCGUUUUCGUCGUUGAGCAGAAGAGACCGGUCCGUGCUGUCCAUACCUGGUGUCCAGCAAGAGACCCCGUUCCGACAAGAGGUCGCAGCGGACCCCGGAAAAGAGGCAUUCCAGUGUGGGCUGGACUUGGAGCCUACCGAGGGCCAUGGCAUGGUUGACGAGGCCGUGGGCGGGGAGGGAACGCAGGGCACUCCCCAAAAAAGGAGGGGAGAUCGUCAAGAGGACUUCGUACUUCCUGGAGUACAAAGACGACGUCAGGACAAGGCGGGAGGCCCAGCUCAGGUCGUUGAACUCGGGGAGUGGGAGGAUCUAUACAACCAGCGGUCCCUGAAUCCCGUCCUGGUUGAGGGGAUCAAAGAAGCGAUGCGGUUGGCGUUAAAUAAAGAACAGACGUACGAGUUGUCGACCCUCAAGCUCGCACCACUGGGGCUUCAAAAACCAACUCUUAGGACCAGGGCACAACGUCUGAAGCCGGAGGAGUGGAAGGACGAGCUGGUGGGAGAAUACUACUACUACGCGGUGUGUGGGGACCAUUACGCGGCUGCAGCCCGAUCGCUGCUCGGCAGUGAGGUGGCCAAGAGGUACAAUUUCGAGCGAUGGCCGGCAAGAAUGGUGUACUUUUCGGACGAUGACUUCAAAGGGUACUUUCUUGUUAGUUCACAGGACAACAAGAAGGACCUCAAGGCGCCUCCCAGACAGUUGAAACGGUCUAUGAAAGAUAUUCGGUGGAAGUGGAAGCAUGACGGCUGCCCGAAAGCUGUGAUGGGGAACCCUAGCGGGAAACAAGAUCAGGUCCGGGAUUGGCGUAAGUUCUGUACAACGGCGCACCAUAAGGCGCCGCACAACAGCUUGUGGAUUCUCGCGAAUCAAAAGGAAGAGGAGGCCAUUAAGAAGCAAAAUGUUGCCCUGCCUUCUUAUUUCCCUCUCGCGAUGGACGGACAAAAUGUCUGGAAACUGGCCGUGGAAUUUUUCGAAAAAUUGGAGACGGGUAGAUUGCUGAGCCUAGACGGAGCAAAGUGGAUCAUGAAGAAAAAGAAGGUCAAAAACGUCAAGCCUGGGGUCGCCUGCGUCGACAACGACAAGUUGGGUAGAAAGGAGGUGGUGUACAACGUCCCCGUGGGGCCGCCUACUAAGAAAGGCAAAAAGGAGAAAGAGGAGGGUGAUUGGUUCGUGCAAGUGCCGGACGCGGACGUGCAUUACUGGAAAGCGAUGGAAUCACUCACCGACAAUGAGAAGUGUCGCAUUCUGAAGAAGGUGCUUGCUUGCGAGGUCGUUUGGACGGAUGUGUUUGAGAUUCCCUUCAUUCCGUGCGACUGGUCACAAGUGGCGCCGGAACGACAGGGCAGUGUGUACGGGGAUAUGGAACGUAAUUCGACACAAUUCGUCGGUCUUAUGGAUUUCCUUAGCAAGAAGGGAGAGGGUGUCGUGUUCUUUGGGAAACCGCACGUGCGAAGCGUCUGGGAUCUCUUGAAGGCUGGCCGGCACGUUGUCGCGAUGGAAGGGAACUCCGACCUCUUGCAAUUCACGAUGCAGGUGGUGAAAAGCGAGGUCAAUUCGGGCGGGCACAAUUGUGAGUUCAUGGUCGUGAAGUCGACACGGGAUCGGGUGUGGAGCAACAAGACGGACAUGUGGUUCAACUUGAGCGAGAGAAAGAGGAAGAAGAUAUACGAUUUCUUGUUCCUACCACUUCGCCUCCCGCAUGAACUCGAAGACGUUUCUCGAAAGGCUGCAGUCGCUGUACUUCGUGGAGUGCGAGGAGCAGCUGAAGGCGUGGUGGACUGGAAAGUGCCCCCUCCCAGUGGGCCGGACGGUAGUUCCGGGGGGGGUUCAACUGGAGGUGGAGGGAACGGGGGUGGUGGUGCAGUAGGUGGCAAAGGAAUCCCGCCUAGUGGGGAGGGAGGGUCUCACGGCCGCAACACGACACCAGGAGGCAGCGGCGGGGUGGCGGGUUUCGCCGUCGACUGGCCUCCGUCGAUAGGCGCCUGGCCGGAGCGUAUGACACAGUCCGUCGACCUCCCGACUUCGUCCGUGGGCUCAGCGAGGGAGAUGUUGGCAGCCUUGGUUACUAUCGGCAGCCGCUCCGGCGGAAAGUUGAAGUCCGCCGGAAUCCGAACUACGUCGGAUGAGGAGCCGCCAGAGCGGUCCAGACUGCAAAGCCGCUCGGGGUCGGGGGAGCCGAGCCAGGAUCCCGAAAUUGGCAGCAUUGUGGCGCGGGACGGAAAGGUGUCGCCUGAGCGGGAGCGACGGCCGCAAGGAUUGCAGCGAGACACGGAGACGACGAAGUCCGCCGAGAUCCGAACUUCUUCGGGCGGGGGGUGUCGGCCAAGGAUUGUCGUGCUGCCAAGAGGGGCAGCAUGCACGGAGAUGGAAGGGCGGUCAUCGGGGUUCAACACGGGGGUGGGGUCAUCUCGAACACAGAGGUCCUCGAAAUAUCCAGAACACAUAUUGCGGAAAGUCCCCGGGUCGACUACAAAAUACAAGGAUAUGUUAAAGGCAUCAGGGGUUGAUGUCGAGAUCGGGAAGGAGUACACCGUUGUCAUUGAGGAAUGUCUUUCCCCUUUUGCCCCAGAGAAAGGGACAUAUCCACGAUCUGUGAGUAGGGGUCAGGCCAUGUAUGAGAAGUACUUAGCAACGCAUCAUGCACCAGGGGACAUUGCCUAAAACUCCGUUUCUCACUACCCCACGUGUCCUUCGCUCGAUGUUGUGCAGCGCGGGCCACAAGUGCAGCACGCGGGAAAAGGUUCGCUGCAGCUUGCGGGUUUUAGACGACAUUAUACGAGGCCCGGUGCCACCUCACACUGUUCUCUCUAUACUGGCCGAUGGUCAAUUUCGGAUUGCAGCAAAAGAUCUCCUCACCCUCAGGGUGAAUGAUGAGGUGCUCAAUUUCUAUAUGGCGUUGUUGGGGUCGACCGCAUGUGGGUCACGUGAUAUCUCCUCAGGCCUUCAAGUCUUCAACUUUAAUUCGUUCUUCUUCAGUAAACUGCGACUUCAAUG